AUGGCUUCUCUUCCUUUCAAUAUCAUCCCGAUUAAACUUCCUUCUAACCAUCACGAUGUUCAAGCUCGUAACCCUUCGUCCACUUCUUACUUUCAUCGCGUUUCGUCUCUAUGUAAGAACGGUGAGAUUAGAGAAGCUCUGAGUUUAGUUACUGAGAUGGAUUUCAGAAACCUACGGAUUGGUCCCGAGAUAUUCGGUGAGAUCCUCCAGGGAUGCGUUUACGAGAGAGAUUUGUGCACGGGUCAGCAAAUUCAUGCUCGGAUUUUGAAGAACGGUGAUUUCUACGCCAGGAACGAGUACAUAGAGACGAAACUGGUGAUAUUCUACGCCAAGUGCGAUGCUCUUGAAGUUGCUGAAGUUCUCUUCUCGAAGUUGAGAGUUCGUAAUGUUUUCUCUUGGGCAGCUAUUAUUGGUGUGAAAUGCAGGACUGGACUUGUUGAAGGAGCUUUAAUGGGAUUUGUUGAGAUGCUUGAAAAUGGGAUUUUUCCAGACAAUUUCGUGGUUCCGAAUGUUUGUAAGGCGUGUGGUGCGUUGCAGUGGAGUCGUUUUGGGAGAGGGGUUCAUGGGUAUGUAGCGAAAGCUGGUCUUCAUGAUUGUGUGUUCGUGGCUAGUAGUUUGGCUGAUAUGUACGGGAAAUGCGGUGUUUUGGAUGAUGCGAGGAAAGUGUUCGAUGAAAUUCCUGAGAGAAAUGUGGUUGCUUGGAAUGCAUUGAUGGUGGGUUAUGUCCAAAAUGGUAUGAACGAGGAAGCGAUUCGGCUUCUGUCUGAUAUGCGGAAGGAAGGUAUUGAGCCAACCCGAGUCACUGUCUCAACUUGCUUAUCUGCUUCCGCUAAUAUGGGUGGGAUUGAAGAGGGGAAACAGUCUCAUGCCAUUUCCAUUGUAAAUGGCUUAGAGCUGGAUAACAUCCUCGGAACAUCAAUCUUGAAUUUCUAUUGCAAAGUUGGUUUGAUCGAGUAUGCUGAGAUGAUCUUUGAUCGAAUGAUUGAAAAAGAUGUGGUAACAUGGAAUCUACUUAUUUCCGGGUAUGUUCAACAAGGGUUAGUUGAAGAUGCUAUCUACAUGUGCCAAUUAAUGAGACUAGAGAAUCUGAAAUUCGAUUGUGUCACUUUAUCAACAUUAAUGUCGGUAGCUGCACGUACUCAGAACGUAAAACUCGGGAAAGAGGUGCAGUGUUAUUGCAUUAGACACAGCUUUGAAUCUGACAUCGUUUUAGCCAGUACCGCGGUUGAUAUGUAUGCCAAGUGUGGCAGCGUUGUUGAUGCUAAGAAAGUAUUUGAUUCCACAGUACAAAAAGACUUGAUACUGUGGAAUACGUUACUUGCAGCCUAUGCAGAGUCUGGUCUUAGCGGGGAGGCUUUGAGAUUGUUUUAUGAGAUGCAGCUAGAAAGUGUACCGCUAAAUGUGAUAACAUGGAAUUUGAUUAUUCUGAGUCUUCUCAGGAAUGGCCAAGUAAAUGAGGCCAAGGAAAUGUUCUUGCAGAUGCAAUCGUCAGGCAUAGUUCCGAAUCUAAUCUCGUGGACUACUAUGAUGAAUGGUUUGGUACAAAAUGGUUGUAGUGAGGAGGCAAUUCGUUUUCUCAGAAAGAUGCAAGAAUCCGGGUUGAGACCAAAUGUCUUUGGCAUCACUGUUGCACUCUCUGCUUGCUCAAAUUUAGCAUCAUUGCAUUUCGGAAGAUCAAUUCACGGAUACAUCAUAAGAAAUCAGCAGCAUUCCUCUUCUGUUUUGAUAGAAACUUCUUUGGUUGACAUGUAUGCCAAAUGUGGAGAUAUAAACAAAGCAGAGAGGGUUUUUGGAAGUAAGUUAUCCAGAGAGUUGCCUCUCUACAAUGCCAUGAUCUCAGCGUAUGCAUUAUAUGGUAACGUGAAAGAAGCAAUCGCUCUGUACAGAAGUUUAGAAGAAGAUGUGAGCAUUAAACCAGACAACAUAACAAUCACAAAUGUCUUAUCUGCUUGUAACCAUGCCGGGGAUAUUAACCAAGCUAUUGAGAUUUUCACUGAUAUGGUUUCAAAACAUGGCAUGAAACCAUGCUUGGAACAUUACGGACUAAUGGUAGAUCUUCUUGCAUCAGCUGGAGAAACAGAAAAGGCCUUAAGUUUAAUUGAAGAAAUGCCAUACAAGCCCGAUGCACGAAUGAUCCAAUCUUUGGUUGCUUCUAGCAAGAAGCAGCAGCAUAAGAGUGAGCUUAUGGACUACUUAUCGAGGCAAUUGUUAGAAUUGGAGCCUGAAAACUCCGGGAACUAUGUGACGGUAUCGAAUGCUUAUGCAGUUGAAGGAAGUUGGGAUGAAGUUGUGAAGAUGAGAGAGAUGAUGAAAGUUAAAGGCUUGAAGAAAAAGCCUGGAUGUAGUUGGAUUCAGAUUAAAGGAGAAGAAGAAGGAGUCCAUGUUUUUAUUGCCAAUGAUAAGACACAUCUUAGGAACAAUGAGAUACGAAGGAUUUUAGCUUUGUUACUAUAUGAUAUGUGUUCGGAUUCCAAAUGA